AUGCCCCUUGCGCCGAACGGGGCAGAGCGAGCCGGCAGCCGCUCCCCGCCUCAGCAGCCGCCUCCGGCCAUUGCCGAGCGGUUCCGGACUUUGCCGAACCUCUCCCCCUUCUGGCCGGGCUGCGCCGGCGGCAACGUGGCAGCUGCUGCCACCGCCCGCCCCCCGCCUCCCGCGAUUCAAACACAGCACCCUCGCCUCGCCUCGCCGGCAAGCAGCCAAUGGAGAGCCGCCCGCCGCACAGAUCGAAAGGAGGGUACACCAAUCAUAAGGCGAAUUCAUAUCAAGCGGCCAAUGAGAGAGAAGAGAGGGCGGGCCCGAGACAACCGCGCCCCGCGGUGCGCAGCCUCCCGUCAGAAGAGAAGAGAGCUGUACUCUUGGAAGAUGAAGACUCUAUGGGGAAUUCAUGUUAAUGCACUGGCAUAUUCUAUGACUACCUUAGGUGCUGGAAUGAUGAACAGCAUUUUUAAUUUCUACUACGUUAAGCUUUUCCUAAACCGAUACAAAAUUUCAGAAACAGGAUUUCAUGUAGCACAGGUUGUGUUUAUGAUCUGGAACGCCAUCAACGAUCCCCUUUUUGGGUACAUUCAAGACAACUCCCGGCUGAAGUGCUGCGCGCGGCGCCAGUUCUCCAUUCUGUACGGAGCCCCUUUGUAUGGCCUGGCCUUCCUGCUGCCCUGGUUCCCCUGGAGGCACUACAGGGAGGGCGACUGGCUGAGCAGCCUGCACCUCAUCGUCGCGCUGUGUGCCUUCGACGGGCUGCUGACCUUCGUGCUGCUGGCGCAGUGCGCGCUCUUCGCCGAGAGCUCCAGCAGGCACCACAGCAGGCUCCGGCUCAUCAAGUACAACCAGGUGGCAACGCUGCUGGGCUCCACCAGCGUUCUCUUCUGUGGGCUCGUAUCUGAUAAUAUGGAAAACUUUGGGUAUUUCCAGGUUUUCACUGUUUUGAUCGCAGCGCUAGCGACAGCUUGUAUGUGUUGUACGGGUAAAUACAGCACUAGUCAGUAUGAGCAGAGGGAAAUUUGUAUGGAGGAUGCUAAUCUGGAAAACGGUGAUGGAGCUUUCUCCUUGGCCUCAGUAGUGUCAUUGACCAAACAGAUCAUGACAGAGAAGAAUUUUCUAUGUUUUGUAACAAUGAACUUCUUCCAAGUCUUCCACCUAGCCUUCUACAACAAUUUUAUGAUGAUCUUUGUGGAUAAUCUUAUUCCUAAGGAUGUCCUUUCUUCCUCAGUAAGAAGUAUCAUGUAUGGAGCAGGUUUUAUUUGUCCUCAGUGCCUUGUUCUUCUUAGUCAUGCUUUCUUGAAGAAGUUUGGUUAUUACAGAAUCAUCUUAUUUUCCUUUUACUAUGAAGGAGUAGCUGCUGCUGUCAUGUGUCUUCUAGGGCAAGAACACUAUUAUCUGCUGGCAUUUUAUGUCACAACAAACAUGGUAAUUGUACAAGCUUCAUUUAGCUUGUUCAAUUUGCCUUUGGCAGAUAUUGUUGAUGCAGAUUUUAUAAAGCACAAGAGGAGAUUACCACUUUCCUCUAUGGUUUUUGGUACCAAUGCUUUAUUUACCAAGCCUGCCCAAUCUUUGGCUCCAAUGGUUGUGGUUACAAUACUAAAUCAUUAUGGAUAUUAUAACCUGAAUAAUGUACCUGGUCUUCCUGAUAUGAGCAGGUCAUUUUUAGAUCUCCAUGAUGCCAUGUUCUACCUGGUCUGUCUGGUUCCCCUCUGCAUUGCAGUCCUACAGAUCCUGACCUGGACUCCUUUUUCCAUCCAGAACAGCCACCUGGCAGCUCCACAGUAAAUAUGGAACCAGUGGUCAGUGCAUCUCCUGCUGAACCACAAGAGAGUUCAGUAAGUUUUUCAUGUGAGAGAGCAAAAUUGCAAGAUGAAACACAGUUUGAGCUGUUUAACUCAGUCUCUAUAGACUGUGACUCACAUUCAGCCUUAAUGCUGAGCCUAUACAAAUUUUUCCCAGUUCGGUUGCUUUCUGUUAAUGGGUUUUAUCCUAAUUACUUUAUUUAAAGUAAUUUCUGGUAUAUAAUGAUUACUGAUAACUCAUUUGAAGAAAGGAUGUGGCAGAUCAGGGAAAGGGAACCCAACCCAACACCUGGAAUUCAAGGGAACUGUAUUUUCUGAAGCCUAUUGGUGGAUUAAUUUUGCCAUACUGAUAAAAUGGCCGAUCUCUGAAGUUAAUAUGGAAGAUCCCAAUAGAUAUCCCUCAUGGAUGGCAGGGAGACAAAAAUUUAGAUGGUGUCUAGCUGGCCAGGAUCAAGACAAAUUUGACAGCUACCAUGGGAAGAGCCAAGAGUAAUUAACUACCCUGUGAAAGUCCAUGUAAGGCUAAAGAAUAAAAGGAUUCAGGUGCUGUUCAGUGUUGCUCAAUAUGGAAAAAGCUCAGUAAGUCCUCAGUGGCUUUCAGAAUCUCUGGCUUUAAAUGGGAAAAUAAUUUUGAAGGUAUCCUAUAGAUAGUGCCUCAUACAAAACGUCAUUGUGGCAAGGACAGAAUUAGUCUGUGGAUGUAGGGUUUAGCUCUUGGACAGAUGUAGGCACACACAGUUACUAAACCAAGCUCUACCUGUUCAGUGGUGUUAUGUUGGCUAACUCAUUUGGUGUGGCUAUUGAAGUAAAUUUCUGAAUCAUCAAGUUGAAGUUAGUUAAUUCCUGAUUAAUUCUUAUCAGUUAGGAUUUUAAAUGAAUCCUGUGAUUUUUAUAAAACAAAGGGUUUUUGACCAAAAUUUAGAAACAUUGAGUCCUCUCUUCAUUUCACACAUUGUAAUGAUAAGACACAUUAGCAUGUUUACAGUACUCCCAUUUAAUCAAUAUUAUUCUUCCUCCAGUAUAUCCACGGUGUAAUAGUGCAGUGAUAAAUACCUUUAGCAUAAUACAAUCACUGCAUUUUUGUAUUUUGUUUUGCCUGGGCAAACACAGUUUUAGUAGCACCUUUCUUAGGGAGUCCCACUUGAAAGUACAAGAGCAUUGUGUGGAUCCCAGCUUUAAAAGGCUGAGCGAGCUGAUUUGCAAGGCUCUACACUUACUGUGACAGGUAACUUGGAAGAGAAAGGAGUGUAAGAAAUGGCUUUGCCUUUUGGUGGACACCAGCAUAAUUUAAUGAAUUAGUUUGAGAUUUGAAAUAGUUUGAGAUUUGAAAUGCUAGAGUUGAAAAAAACAUUCAUUUGUGCCUCGGCUUUUACAUUUGUAGAGCAGAAAUAACAUCAUUUCCUUGCCUUUUUUGAAGUGUGAAGUGCUUUCAAGGCGAUGAAUGAAAAAGAGGGAGAUCAUCAUUAAAUAUUUAGAAAUCCAAAUGAAUCCUUUGAUAGAAAUAUGAAGAUUUAUGUUAAAAUGUAAGAAGGCAGAAGUGUGGUGAAGUUUGAACUUGCCUUAUCUGGUUUUUAUCUGUCUUGUCAGAGACACUGUUGUCCAUUUGCAUUGUGCAUGCUGACAGCAUUAUGUGCACAUACAGCAUCACUUGUGUGCUCUGUGGAUGGGUAAAUACAAAUACCAGAGCAGAUGCAGCCUGUGUGUUUAGGGUUUGAAUUUGGAAAGAUUUCCUGCAUUGUAUGUAUUUAUUUCAUGUCUGAAAGGCAGGAGCAGAAGUUGAAGGAAUUUAAGUUAAUAUAAUCUUUGAUUCAUUAUAUGAAACAGUCUUCUCUCUGACAGUUCCUUUAAACUGGUAAUAACAUUAAAUAGUCUCUUUUUUUCUUUAUUGUUUCUAUAUAUCCUAAAUUUCCCAUGUUUAUCCUAUCUUCAUAGAAUAUAUAUUUUAACAAAUACAAUAAAAUAACGUUAUUGUACCAUAAACAGGGUUUGUUAGGUGUCUGUGUUAGUUAUUUCUAAUAUUAAGUUAUUAGAAUAUAUUGUACAACUGGAAGAGGACCAUACUAUACAACAGGAAAUCUAAUCACUGUUCUCCCAUUUGUCUGUCCUAUUUCCCUUGCUGUAAGGGCUGGAAAAAUGUCUUUUAGAGCAUCAAUAGUCAAUCCCAAAGAGUUCUGGAAGGGUGCUUUAAAUUUGGGUGGUGGUCUUCCUAUGGGAAUAGAAGGUUGGCACUAUGCUGUGACUGACAUUGCUUAUUCUCCAUUUCUCUGUCACCCACUAAACUUUGUUAUCUUCUGCUAAACCUACAUGAUUGGUUUUGGCUGUGAAUCAAGUAAAGGAUGAUCAAAGGCUAAAGUUCAGUGUCUUACAACAGCUGGUUUCCCUGCUUUCUCUCCUUAUUAGCCAGCAGUAUCUGAGCUUGAACUCCCACUGCUGGAAAAAUGCCUCAAAUUAAUCUGGAUAAUUUAAGAGUGCCUAAAAUAGUCUCAUAACUGAUAAAGAGGCUAUAAGUGUGUGUAUAGUAUAAAAUAUGAAAUGCUGUGGUAAGCUCAGAGGAAUAGAAAUGUGAUGCUUGAAUCCCAUUCUUAGAGUUUCUCUAUAAAUUCUGAGAAUAUGGAACUUAAUAUGCAAAAUGAAUUUUAUUUAUUGAAAAUCAAUAAGCAGAAAUGUCUGCUAGACUAAAAGGAUGUUGUCCAAUAGACACUAAAGAAUGUUAGUCUAAUAUAGUAGUAAUAUAAUAUA